GAAAAAUUUGACCUUAGGAAAUUGGAGUAAUGUGCUGUCCUCGUCAAUUCGUAGUCCGCGGUGCUCAGCAGUCACAGCGGUCGCAGUAGUGUUCCGCGUUUGGGCAAUAUAUCUCUGCCAAGCUUUUCUCUGAAAAAGGUAAGCUGUCUGAGACAAUGAGUUCUUCGGAGGAAGUAUCAUGGAUAUCGUGGUUCUGCGGACUACGAGGGAACGAGUUUUUUUGCGAGGUUGAUGAAGAUUACAUUCAGGACAAGUUUAACUUGACUGGGCUCAGUGAGCAGGUUCCUCACUACAGACAAGCGCUGGACAUGAUUCUGGACCUUGAGCCAGAUGAUGAGCUGGAUGACAACCCCAAUCAGAGUGAUCUGAUAGAGCAGGCUGCAGAGAUGCUUUAUGGCCUUAUCCAUGCCCGUUACAUUCUCACGAACCGAGGCAUUGCUCUCAUGAUUGAGAAGUACCAGAAUGGAGACUUCGGUUACUGUCCCCGGGUGUACUGUGAGAGUCAGCAGAUGCUCCCAAUUGGGUUGUCGGAUGUGCCUGGAGAAGCAAUGGUAAAGUCUUACUGCCCCAAGUGCAUGGAUGUGUAUGGACCCAAGUCAUCUCGGCACCACCACACAGAUGGCGCCUACUUUGGCACAGGCUUCCCUCACAUGCUGUUCAUGGUGCACCCAGAGUACCGCCCCAAGAGGCCCACCAGUCAGUUUGUGCCCCGGUUGUAUGGCUUCAAGAUUCACCCUCUGGCCUACCAAUUGCAGCAGCAAGUAGCAGCCAACUUUAAGGCACCAAUUCGAGGCAUGAACUAUGGAAAUGGCAAACGUUGAAGAAGUUUGACUCCACUGGCCUCCCUGCAACGCUCACCUCAUGAUGCUUUUGCCACUCCAGCAUCACUGUUUACUUUGUCUUCUUGAAGCCCUCUUGUCUACAGUGCUUUCUCAUUGUCCUCCCCAGUUCAUUGGAUGUUUUAUUGUCUUGAUACAUCUGUGCAUGUGGCUCUUUUGUUUUUCAUUCAGACUUUUUAGUCUUAGCAAAGCAUCCUUUGCUUUUCACGACAGGCGAAAGUGAAGCUGUUGUAUGAGUGAUGUUUUGCAGUCUUGACAGCCAUACCAUCAAGCUAUCUCCUUUGUAACGCUCUUCACCUCAGUCAAGAAUCUGAUCGUGCUAUGCUCAUUGGUAUUUUCAAGCUCUGUUGAUUAUCAGCAGCUGGCUCUGCAUGUAACUGAUCAGCUUCAAGUUGAAUACUUCUGACCUCUUGAUGGUUUAUCACUCGGGUCCUGCAAAACAGCUACUCGUCAGUCGCACAGGUCUCAUGUGAAUUGUUUUGCUUUAGUGUCACUUUUUUUUUUUUAUGGAUUUCGCCAAAAUAGUUUUUGAUUUGUUAUAAGCCCAAUUGCAGAAGUUUACUUUUAAUUUUCUUUUUAAGCCUAGUGUAGUUUUUCUAUUGGUGUGCUAGGUCUAUUGUUUCAGCCUAGGUUCUUACAACUGUUAAUUGUUACUUUCUUGGGCUCUACAUGCCUUCUGUUCAAUUUUAUGUUUUCUACAAAGGUUACACCCAGUUGGCCAGAAAUGUUUGGAAGAGACAGUAUGCAGUGACUUCUAAAUUUGCCAACAUCUAAUUUUGAGCCAUGACUAGGCCACUAGCGCACAUGUGCCUAAGUAUUGUCCUGCAAACUGAAAGAACAUUUCUGUCCAAAAUACAUAAUGUAUUGAUAUAAGUUGAAUGUGUUUAAAACUGAUAUUUACGGGAUAUGAUGUAAAAGCCUAGCCCACUUUCAAUACCACAAACUUUUAAAUUACAGGAAACGGCUGACCAUGGGAGUUAUGGGAGUUGUCUGUUAAGGGACCUCGUUUUCAGUUUUUUUUUUUUUCCCAUUAUUAUUAUUUGUUAUUACUACUACUUCAAACACAGGUUUUUAUUUCUGAUGGUAGCAUGACAUCUGUCAGCUGUGAGCAGCUGUCUUGUCAGCAAUGUGAGAAGUCUGCCACGCUUGACAUAGCUAUACGAGGAUGAUUAGACAUCCACUUGGAGGUUAUGUCUGUUUUACCUUCUUGUGGACGUUGUUGGCACGUCUCCAGUGCUGUCUUUGUAUCAAGGACCACAUCAAUACACAGCACUUGUAACUGUGGAUGCUAAGGGCACUCCACAGCCGCUUCAUCAAAGCGCACAUGGUGCAGCCUGCUGCAUGCUCUGAAAAGAGUAAGAAAUACCUAGAAUCCUAAAGGAUUGUUCAGGCACUACUGGUCUGGCACAGUGGCCAUGGAUUUUUGAGCAUGAUAGUCUUGGUUCACCAUUUAUUUACAUAGUGUUGGUACUGAAACGAUGAUGCAGGUACUUGAAUAUAGCUUGAAACGUGUCUUACUGAGGUGCUGUGCCAGUGGUUAUUGCCCAGUUGUAUUGGUCACGCUUGGUGAAGAGGAAUGCCUCACUGUUCUUGAGGAGUGUCACCUAAGUGCAGUUUUUUUAUGCAAGACUGGCUUGUUGCAUGGUCAUGGAGAAUGUGAAAGGCCUGUGAGAAAGCAGUAGUUUAACUUGCCAAUACAUAAUUUUCCUUGAGAGGGCCUUCUGAACCAGCUGCACAAACUUGGGACUUGGUCUUGACAUACAUGUUAAAGGGACACCAAAGAGUUUACUCUGUUCAGGCUGGUAAAGUAAGCGCUGUUUUAUUGAUUUUGUGUGAAAAGGUUGAUCAUCGCCAAACUCCCCUUUUUUAACUCCUUGGCAAAACCUGGUACGUUAGUGUGACAUUGUGCCUCUCAAAAUAUUUUCUGACGAUAAGGCCAUUUUGAAACUUCCUUUUUUUUUAGAGAAAGAAAUUUCUUCACAUGUUUGCAUCUUUUUUUACUUGCCAAGCCUCCCGUCAUGGUAAGAGUGGUCAUCUUGCUGCAGCUCCAACCUAACUGCUGCUUAGCUCUUUAGUGUCCCUUUUAUUUACAAAUAUCUCUACCUUUUGUCAUGUUGACUUCAGCUGUACUUUGAUGAUUAUAUUGUUAAUUUGGCCAAUAGAGCUGCAGCUGAGCCUUGUGUGACUUGCUCUGCACCGGACUGGCAGAGUGAAAUUUUUCAAAUAAAGCGGAUAAGGUUUGCUGGAAUACAA